GUCCCCACGUGCCCACCACCGGCGGCGUAUCCCGGCCCCCUCGUCGUCCUCUCGCCAUGGCCGCACCAUCCGCGAGCUCCCGUGCCUCCGUGAUCUAGCGCGGUGGCAGUCGCACCCGCGGCGUCGGCGGAGCGGUGGCUCCGUACGGGUGGCGGUCGAGGGGCACUGGCAGGGGCGGUGAUUUAGGACGGGGGGGAUGGGGAGGAAGCCUGAUCCGGCGAAGCCACACUCCGGUGGCGCCGCGUCGCCGAGGGCGGCGAGGAGGACGCAGCCGUCGCCGGUCUUCCUCGGAACGGCGCUGUUCGUUCUAGGGUUCGUGUCCCUUUUCACCGGGCACAUCGUUACGGAUGCCGACUGGUCGCGGAUCCGGAGCCGGUGGCGAUCUAAGCAGAUUAGAAAUAACGAGCCCAUAAAUAUUUGGAAAUCGAGGUAUUCCAACUUGUACUAUGGAUGCAGCAGGAGGAGCACAAAUUUCAGAUCUGCUGUGCCGGAGAAUCGUUCUACUGGAUACUUACUGAUAGCUACUAGCGGGGGAUUAAAUCAACAGCGCAUAGGGAUAACAGAUGCUGUUGUCGUUGCCCGAAUAUUGAAUGCCACACUUGUUGUACCUGAGUUAGACCACCGCUCAUUCUGGAAGGAUGACAGUGACUUCUCUGACAUUUUUGACGUGGACUGGUUCAUAUCUUACCUAUCAAAGGAUGUAACCAUCGUCAAAAGGAUCCCUUACGAGGUGAUGAUGUCAAUGGAUAAACUCCCAUGGACCAUGCGUGCACCUAGGAAAUCUAUGCCUGAUUUUUACGUUGAUGAAGUUUUGCCUAUACUUAUGCGAAGGCGAGCUUUGCAACUAACAAAGUUUGAUUAUCGGCUCACUAAUGAGCUUGAUGAAGAAUUGCAGAAGUUACGCUGCCGAGUAAAUUUCCAUGCACUAAGAUUUGCAAAUUCCAUACAAACUCUGGGUGAGAAAUUGGUGCACAAGCUGAGGGCCAUGGGCCCACGAUACGUCGCCGUUCACUUGAGGUUUGAGCCUGACAUGCUUGCAUUUUCUGGAUGUUACUAUGGUGGCGGUGAAAAAGAACGGAGGGAAUUAGGUGAAAUUAGGAAAAGAUGGGAUACAUUACCUCAGGAGUUGAGCGCCGAGGAUGAGCGCAAUAGGGGCAAAUGUCCACUGACUCCUCAGGAAAUUGGUUUGAUGCUCCGAGCUCUUGGUUUUAGCAAUGACACAUACCUGUAUGUUGCUUCUGGAGAAAUAUAUGGUGGAGAAGAAACACUCCAGCCUCUGAGGGAUCUCUUUCCAAAUUUUUACACCAAAGAGUUGCUUGCGGGCGAUGAUUUGAAACCAUUCCUCCCGUUCUCUUCACAACUGGCUGCAAUUGAUUUCAUUGUAUGUGAUGGGAGUGAUGUUUUUGUUGCAAAUAAUAAUGGAAACAUGGCCAAGGUUUUAGCUGGAAGAAGGCACUACCUGGGCCACAAGAGAACUAUUCGACCAAAUGCGAAAAAACUCAAUUCAUUAUUUCAGAGACGGAAUCAGAUGGGCUGGGAAAUAUUUUCUCGAAAGGUAAAGAAAGCACAAAGGGGUCUAAUGGGAGAACCGGAUGAUACCAGACCAGGAAGAGAUGAUUUCCAUGAAUUCCCGUCAUCUUGCAUCUGCCAGAGAAUACCAGUAAAUAGAUCGGUUAGGGCGCAAGCUGGAAACUUGUGAGCUCAAAUGAGGCAUACAACUUCAGAUGGUAGAGUGCUCGGUGAUUGAGCAUGGCCAGACUUGGGCCAAUACA